UAUAAGAAAUGUCCCUCAGCUGAGCCUCAGAGCCAGACACUUUUAUUUCCACGUAUUAAAGACAGAGAUUACAUCAAGAAAAGAAUGAUAUGUAACAAAAAUGCCACUAAAUCUAAAAACUCAAAAGGUUUGCUCACCUAAAUCAGAAGUAGUUGCAUUGCUCAAGGUAAAGCACCAAUCAUGAACUUGCAGUUCAACAAACCUACCAUCCGAGUUUGCUAAAGGUUAACUCUUUUUUUCCCUUCAUUUGUUGUCAUCCCUUUAAGGGAAUUGUCAGCAUAAUGCGAAUUUCUGAUAUACAAUGUUCACAUCUUAUGUGCGAAGCUUAGCGGAACUUAACUUUGGCCAACAAAACUGAAGACCUCCGGAUAGUAGAAGUGAAGGCUAAUCAAACUAGGCCUUGCUUGGUAUAACUACAAUUAAGAAGAAAACUGAAUGUGUCAGCAUCGCAUGACGAUUUCUUCUUGAUAAUCAUGUCAGGAAAAUCAUUGUACUGAUUAGACUAAGGGGCAGAGAAGAAAGAGAUGCUAUUUUCAGUGACAGCCUAAGUAGUAAAUCACAAAACAAUGGCCGACCAAAAUGGAUGGUAGUGUGCUAGAUGAAAGCGUUACCUGCAUUGCUGUUUGACAUCUCUUUGAACACGUUAGCUUUGCCGAUGAACAGAAAAAUGCAUCUCCAGAAAGUCUGGAGCUGUGUAUCCGUAGUUCUGCGUACAUUGCCUGUCUUGACCAAUUCUUGAAGCAGAACUUGUAGCCAAAGAUCAACCUACCUCUUAGGCCAGGUUUUCCUAUUAUGUUACAAUGAACUCCAACCUGCUCUCUUUUUCACUUCUCUAUCCUUCAUAAUAUUUCUCACCCUUUCUACCUCCUCCCACAACCCGACAGAACUAUACAUAUCCGAGAGUACUACAUAGUACCCAUCAUUUUCUGGGUCAGAUUCAAUAGCAAGCUUUGCGAUUCUUCCACCUGUUUCAGCAUCAUUGUGAACUUUGCACGAACUUAACAAAGAACCCCACAACCCUGCAUCAGGAGGUAUUGGCAUUGAUAAAAUGACUUGUUCGGCUUCAACUAGAUUACCUGUACGACCAAGAAGAUCGACCAAGCAAGCAUAAUGCUUUAAUGUGGGUGUCAGACCAUAAUAGUCCAUUCUAUUAAAAAGGCUUUUGCCUUCUUCAACCAUUCCUCCAUGAGUACAAGCAGAAAGUAUAGCAAGAAAAGUCAGUUCAUUUGGCCAAACCUUUGACUGUUCCAUCAGUUGAUGAAAUACCUCCAUUGCAGAUUCCACAUCUCCAUGCAUUCCAUAUCCUGCAAUCAUCACAUUAUAAGCAACAGUGUCUCUUUCAAUCAUUGAGUUAAAUACUUCUCUGGACUUCUGAAGGUGCCCACACUUUGCGUAUAGAUCAACAAGAGCAGUAUCAAGUGAUAAAUUAGGUCCAAGUCCUACUCUUUUAAUAUAUUUGUGUAUCUCCUCUGCUUUCUCCACAGAUGCAACUUGGGCACAAGCAGAGAGUAAAAUCACCAGUGUAGCUGUGUUAGGUUUGAUGUCUUCAGAAAUCAUUUUAUCGAAGAGUGUUAGAGCCUCAAAAGCUUGCCCGUUGUGAGCAUAUGAAGAGAUCAACACAUUCCAUGUAACAGUAUCCUUCUCUGUCCUACAAAACAAUCUUCUUGCGGUGUUUGAAUCCCCACUUUUCCCAUACAUGUCUAUGAGCGAAUUGGCGACAGAUACACUCUCAGAAGCCGAGCUUUUUAUAGCAUGGCAGUGCAGUGACCUGCCUAACCUGAUGGCUCCCAACCGAGAACAGCAUGAAAUUACAGACACCAUGGAGUUCAAAUCAUACUUGAUUCCCAGAUGCUGCAUAUUUCUGAAAAAUUCAAUGCAUUUAGAUUCUAGUCUUGCUUUGGCAAAGCCAGUAACUAUAAGGUUCCAUGUCUCAGAGUCCUCUCCAUUCACUUGAUGAAACAAAUUUACUGCCAGACUUGCUAAUCCAAAUUUACAAUACAUCGAUAACAAUCCAUGAUAAACCAUCUGAUUCAAAUCAUAAUCUUGCCUCAAAAUAAAGCCAUGAAAAACCUUGCCUUCCAAUAUUCUCAUUGAAUUGCCUAAUGCCAAAAGCACACAACUAAUCACAAUCCCAUCCGGAUGAAUGCCACAAUUCAACAUUUCCAAAAACAUCUGCACGCAUUCGUCGAUAUAUUCAACUCUAGCAUAUAGCCCAAUCAUCAAUGUCCACAACAUCAGAUCCUUAUAGACAAUUUCUGAAAACGAAAGGCGAGCUUCCUCAAGAGCACUGCAUUUAGAAUACAUUGACAGAAGGGACGACUGAAUAGAAUGUGAACAACUCAUUCCUGAUUUUAGUGAUAACCCAUGUAAGCAUUUACCCUCUACCAAAGCACCCAAAUUUCCACAAGCUUGAAGACCACCUUCCACAGUCCGGGAGUUUGGCCUCUCAUCAACCCCACCGUUCUUAUGCAUCUCGCAAAAACAUUCCAACGCCUUCAAACUGUCCUCAUUCUGUACAUACCCAAUCACAAGUGCAGUCCAUGCCACCACAUCCCUCUUCAGAAUUUCAUCAAACACAAGAGAAGCAUCAUCCAUGAAACCACAUUUCGAAUACAUAUACACAAAUGACGACCCAACAGCAGGGUUUGCAUCGAAAAGAUUCAAUUUUGACACAAUACCAUGAAUCUUAAUCCCAUUUUCAACCAACCCAAGCUCCGCACAAGCCGAAACUACCAUAGGCACCGUAAACUGAUCAGGGAAAGUGUUGGAAAUUCGCAUUUGGUCAAAAAAAUCAAGAGCUAAUGAAUAGCUCCCAUUCGAAAAAUGGGCUUUGAUUAUUGAAUUCCAAAGAAAAGGGUCUUUGCAUUGCGUUGAAUUAAAGACUUUGGUUGAGGAGUUAAUAUGGUUCAGUGUAGAGUAGAGUGAAAUGAGCUUUGACGAUAUAAAAAGAUUGUUUCUUUGACCACUUGUAAGGAUGUAUGCGUGUAAUUUUUGAAGGGACUUAAGGUCUAAGAAUUGGCUCGAAAGGAAAGAUUUGAUGCGGUUGUUAACGUUGUCAGAAAUUACGUCAGAAGUUAAGGAAGAAUAGAAGCGAAUGGACCAAGGAAAGAUCUUGAAUUUGUACAUCAGGAUGUGAAGUUCAAGUAAUGAGUAUUCUUGUUGUUUUGGCUGACUAAUAAACCUUAAAAAGGCCGAAAUAGGGAACCUUUUUACUAUUAGUACAGAUUCUACAUCCAAAUAGACGUCUUUUUAAAUAUAUCUGUCAAGUGAGAAACAUUCUCUUAUGAUAAAAAACUGUGGCCUAUGCUUACGUCAAUCUGCCGCCAUAACUUUCAAAGAAAGUUUCGGACUUUAGUUGCUUUGUGUGUUGAUAGGCCUCAUGGGUAUUGUAGGAUUGCCACAAAAUGUGAUCCCACCAUGGAAAAACCGAAGCAUCAGACACCUGUUCGACGAAUUGUCUCAAAGAAGAAACAGUCGAAGUUGAUGAAGAGAGGAAAUGUAGAGCCUAAAGUCUAUAUGAGGGAGACAAUUUGGGGAAUUUCCAAGUUGUUGAGGUAUUACACUUGGGAAUCUGCUCAAGAACAGCUUGAGAAGCUAGCAAUAAAAUGGGAUUCUUACACUGUGAAUCAAGUUCUCAAGACGCAUCCACCAAUGGAGAAGACUUGGUUGUUUUUCAACUGGGCUUCGAGGAAAAAAGGUUUUAAGCAUGAUCAGUAUACUUAUACUACUAUGUUGGAUAUUUUUGGGGAAGCCAGGAGGAUUGAGUCCAUGAAGUAUGUGUUUCAUCAAAUGCAAGAGCAAGGAAUAAAGAUAGAUGUGGUUACUUAUACUUCUCUGCUACAUUGGCUGUCUAAUGAUGGAGAUGUUGAUGGAGCAACUGCUUUGUGGAAAGAGAUGAGAGACAAAGGGUGCCAUCCCACAACUGUCUCCUACACUGCAUACAUGAAGAUCUUGUUUGAUCACAACAGGGUAAGGGAGGCUACUGAGGUGUACAAGGAGAUGAUUCGAGUUGGUUGUUCUCCCAACUGUCAUACCUACACUAUUUUGAUGGAACAUCUUGCAAAUUCCGGAAGAUUCAAAGAAGCCAUGGACAUCUUUAACAAAAUGCAGGUAGCAGGGGUACAACCUGACAAAGCUGCUUGCAACAUUUUGGUCAGCAAAUGUUGCAAAGCCAUGGAAUUAGAGUCGAUGCAGAAAAUUCUUGAAUACAUGAGAGAUAAGACUCUGGUCCUUCGCAUUUCUGUAUAUCGUGAGGCUAUUGAAACUCUGAAGGCUGCUGGAGCAAGUGAUGCACUCCUUAGACAGGUCAAUCGUCAUUUAUCUUGUGAAAAUUUUGACCAGAAAGAAACAGAUAGACAUAUCAAAGAGAUCAUUGAUAUUAAAUCUGCUAUGGAUCGAGCAGUUGUUUUGCACUUUUUGAGUAAGCAAAAUUUUCCAGUUAUUGACAAAUUACUGGAUGAAUUGGCAAAUAAAAAUAUUAAAUUAGAUUCAGGGCUAAUUUCAAUGGUUGUAGAAGUAAGUAGUCAUAAUUGCAGGGAAUCUAGUGCUCUGCUAGCGGUAGAAUACAGUUCGAAAGUAGGUAUAAUGGUUGAAAGAAGUGCAUAUCUGGCUUUAUUCGGUUUGCUUAUAAGAACAAAUAAACUUGCAAAGGUUGUCAAUGUUGUAGAGGAAAUGAUUAGGGCCGGUGUAUCUCCUGGAAGUCAGCAGAGCGCUCUCCUUGUAUAUCGCCUCGGAUUAGCCAGAGAGCUUGAUUUAGCUGCCAAAGUGUUUAGUCUGUUGCCUGAUGAAGAGAAGAAUACUGCUACAUAUACAGCAUUGAUUGCUGCCUUCUUCUCUUCCGGGGAAACUGAAAAAGGUCUCGGAACCUUUGAACUUAUGAGAACUCUAGGAAUCGGCGCUUCACUGGGGACAUAUCGCGUGCUUUUAAACGGCCUUGAAAAAACUGGCCAAAUUGGUAAGCUGGAAACUUACAGGAAGGAGAAGAAAAUCCUGCAAGCCAAAAGCUGUACCCAAAAUGUUUCACCAGAGGAAAAGAUAUGUGAUCUUCUAUUUGCAGGGGAUUUUUUUAGUUAACAUGUUAGAAAACCAGAUAGAUUGUAUGCAUUAGAAAUAUCAUAUCAGAAACAAAAAGCAGCUCAAACUGGUUGGAAUCAACAGUUUGACAGACAUAUUGUUGUGUUCAUCAUG